AUGGACGAUCGUCAUAGGCAGGCCAAGGUCACGCUGCCUCCCCUCUCUUCUCUCACCACCUCCAUCGACAUGGAUCGCAGGCAUGAAAGACCAUCCGGUCGCCGGGAUAGCCUUAUCGACCGAAGCGAUGCCAUGCGUUUGCACGACCCGCCGAUGUCCUCAUCAUCGUUUAGGGAUGGAUCUAGAGCACUUUCGGUCUCCAACGAUCGCCGCUGGUCCUUGGAUCGCAGUGUUGCCAGACAUCCACCGGAAAGCAUAGCAACGUUUCCACCUGUGCAACACAGCGUUCCAGCAGCGUCAAAUCCGUCGAUCUCGCCAAUGUUGCGUCGGACGGCUAUGCGUUCUGUUGUCGAGUCGACUAGGCCGCGUUCCUACUCGUCGCCUCACAGGUAUCCUAUGCCCCAUCCGACAAGAAGGUCCUCCCUUGCUGAUACUUCGGAGAUCGAUCGCUUGCUUGAAAGCCUCAUCUACGUCCAGGACAUCAAUCGGCGGCUUGGUCUCCAUACCGGAUGUCCAGCAUCGCCAUCCAUCUUUCGUAAUCCCGGUGCCGCCGACUUGCUUCGCAGAAAGAUUCAUGAAGAGCUCAGCACCAUGGCGCGCUUUUCUUACGCUCGCGCUGAAUCCGUUGCAAGACUUCUAGGCAUAACUGCUGACGACAAUCCGUCGAGAGCACCCGAAUCUUCGUCAUUUGCACCACGCAGUUCAACCUCUUCAACACUCUCUUCGGGCCAAGCAGGCUACCCAAUGCGGCCGCCAAGCGACUAUGCCGAGAGAGCACAGUCUUCAAUGGGAAGGUUGAGUCUGGAAGAGCCACGCCCUUCCGAGUACGAAUACGACUCGUAUAGCGAGGCGAUGGAGACAAACUACGAAACAGAUCAAGGUGGCUACACUCCUGGUAUACCCAGUGCUUAUGCUAUGCAUCCGACACGGGGCGAGCCUCGGUUCCGCGCUCUUUCUCGUGCUACCUCAUUCGAGCAUCCUCGAUCUGUCCACCAAGAUCAACAACACCCUCAUCACUACCAGCGCACUACCACAGAGUUGCCACGUUUCGGUAGCAGCACAAGAACGCCUUAUGACCAACCGAUGCAACCUCCGUAUGGAUCCGGCGGUCUACCGCCUUUCUGUCAUCCAGACAGUCGACAACAACAACAACAGAUCGAUCUGCUCGAUCGAAGACGUCUUGCUGGUAAAGGGAUGAAAAGAGUCAGGAAGCGCAAGGACGAACACCAUCAGGAGUGCCUCGGUUGCCAAGCCAAAGAAACUCCAGAGUGGCGGAAAGGUCCUAUGGGUCCUCGGACACUCUGCAACGCCUGUGGUCUGCUCUAUGCCAAAUUGACAAAGCGCAAGCUACAAGAGGCUGAAGCUGCUGCCAAAGCUUCUGGCAAGAGUCCGGAGGAGAUCGUACGGGAGCGGGAGGAGUCUCCAGGCGCUAAGCAAGCUAGUCUGGAGGCUUUGCGGGCUGAGCUGAACAUAGCCAACGGGAUGAGGAACCGAGUCGGAUCUUCCACAGCUCCAGCAGCUGGAACUCCGAUCGGCGAUGGCAAUCCUGCAACGUCGCACCCCCUACAGAGUCACCCUGACGAGGCUCAUCAGCAACGAAGACAUCAUCCCUACAUGUAA